UAAUAAUAGUUCUCAAUAUGGACUUAAUUUAAAAAAGGUAACCGGAAGCCAUGUGUUUUAUGCUAACCAAUACUGUAGCUUGACAUUAAUGUUAGUGUAAGCACCGAGCAGUCGAGGGAGAAACUGAUUUUCAUUGUGGCAAGGAUCGAGUUCACAUUUUGUAACGUUACUGCUAUAUUCAUUUUCGUUGGGUGUCUCUUUCUCUGUUGUUGAUUCCCAGCCGUUCAAAUCGGAAUGGCCGAACCGAGCGGCAGAUAUCAGCAGCUUCCCAAUGAGGAGGACUCAGAAGAGAGCCCACAGGUAGCAGCUGAUGCUCCACCCCCAUACAGCAGCAUUUCAGUGGACAAUGCCGCCUACUUUGACUACAAGGAAGACGGGGCUUACCCCAAGCCUCCAUCAUACAACGUAGCGACUACGCUACCUUCCUAUGAUGAAGCAGAAAGAACCAAGGCUGAGACUACUGUUCCCCUGGUAACUGGAAGACAGCCUCAGCACAGGGAACGUCUGGAGACUUUUGGCGAUGUAAUUCGAAGUUCACUUGAGGAUGAAGACUUUGUGACCAGAGAUGACUUUGAAGACGCCGAUCAGCUGAGGAUAGGAAAUGACGGCAUCUUCAUGCUCACUUUUUUCAUGGCAUUUCUGUUCAACUGGAUCGGUUUCUUCCUGUCUUUCUGUCUGACCACCUCAGCGGCCGGCCGCUAUGGGGCCAUCUCAGGCUUUGGCCUCUCCCUCAUCAAAUGGAUCCUCAUAGUCAGGUUCUCCACAUACUUCCCUGGUUACUUUGAUGGACAGUACUGGCUGUGGUGGGUGUUCCUGGUGUUGGGCUUUUUGCUCUUCCUUCGAGGAUUCAUCAACUACGCCAGAAUCCGCAAGAUGGCUGACACCUUCUCCACCCUGCCCCGCACCCGAGUCCUCUUCAUCUACUGAGCUCACAAUCCAUCAAUUUCCAUCAUAUACCCCCCCACCCCCACCCCUUUAUACAUACCUUUUGGCUUUACCCAAUCAAAAAGGGAGAAAAGAACUUUUCUCUGCUUGACAUGAUUUGGACAAUACAUCUAUUGUCCCCUCUUGGUGUAAAAUAGUGAAUUCUGAGACAUCUGUAAAACCCUUCAGUUGUUAGUGGUGAACUGUCAAGUGCUAUUUACAAAAGUUUGUGAUGUAUAAAUGAAUGCCUUAGUCACUGUGUUACUAUCUGUCGGUAACAGCAGCAUGAACUAUUGUUCUGUUUAGCCACCAGGGGGCAGUCUGGUUCGUGUUAUUUUUCACCAGUCUUCUAUCAGAUGAAGUCAUUUGUAUAGAGAGAUGGUUCUCAGCCCAGGGACCAGUGUGUAAUUUUGGGGUUAUGGGUUGAUUUAUGCAGUUUGAAAUAAUAUAUUUCAUGUACCAUUUUAAUGUGCGUUUAAACCUUCUGACCAAUGCUUUUUGUCCCUUGUGAAGUAGUGUAUAAUUCAGGCAAUACAAGACUGAAAAGGCAAAAUAAUUAGCUUUUUGGGGUUCGGGCUAAAAAGGUUGAGGACCACAUGUAUAAAAGAGCAGGGGCCGGGUUUCCCCUAGAGCAUUUCUUCCUCAUGUAUUUAGUCCAUGCUUACACACACUGUAAUCAGUAGUGUUGUUUCCUUAUAUGUACUGUAUAUACACUGCAUGCAUGUCAGCAGAGGUAAAGCUGCAGGGAUGUCCAGCAGAGCUUCUUAGGCAGGCUGCCCUGCUCAAAGACACAGCGAUAGGGAUGGAAUAGGCUAAUAGUCUGUCACUGGAUUCAGAUGUGCAAUGAGAUGGUUUUGGUUAAAUAAAUGAUUCCCAUGCCCUUAGUGACUAACACCCUGAUUGUUUCCAAUGAGGAAAGAAUUAUUGUAUUGCCUGAUGUGAUUUAGAAACCCGGCCCUGUGAAGACUUUAGGAAUAUAUUAAUACAGAGCAGAGAUUGUUUUUUUGACGUAACAAUGAAUUGUUUUUAUGUUUGCCCUCAUUAAGCCGAAUGAUUAUUUUUUAGAAGAAUUUUAACCUGCAUUGGAAAAUGUUUGAAAUUAAAGUUUUAAACAUUU